AUCAUGGGUAGACAAGAUGCAAGAAGAUCUCGUAACAUUAGCACGAACUGCGAGCGGAGUGGACCAGCUUGCUGCGAUUUAUUUGAAAAACAGACAUUUGUAUACCGUAGAAGCCAACAACCCUCGUCAGCUAGUGGAAAUUGCAGCCAGAGACAUUGAAAAACUUCUGAGUAACAGAUCUAAAGCCUUGGUGCGCCUCGCUAAAGAAGCAGAGAAGUACCAAGCAUCACAUCAGUGGAGGGAUGAGUUUGGGAAUAAUGAUAUAAUCUAUUACAAUGCAAAAGAUGAUCAGAAUGACUCUGAUAAGAAUGACACUGAAUCUGGCAGCCAGAAAAUCAGACCAGUAUUUGAAGAUGAUCCUGUUUUCCGACGGCAAACAUCGUACCAACAUGCAGCAGUCCACAUACCAACAGAUAUUUAUGAAGGCUCAACGAUAGUGUUAAAUGAACUCAACUGGACUGCAGCGUUGGAUGAUGUAUUCAAGAGGAACAGAGAAGAAGACCCCACUUUGUUAUGGCAGGUUUUUGGCAGUGCAACUGGCCUCGCUAGGUAUUACCCAGCUUCUCCAUGGGUAGAUAAAAGUCGAACUCCAAAUAAAAUAGAUCUCUACGAUGUUCGCAGAAGACCAUGGUAUAUCCAAGGAGCUGCAUCUCCCAAAGACAUGCUUAUUUUAGUUGACGCGAGCGGGAGUGUCAGUGGAUUGACAUUGAAGCUGAUCCGCACCUCAGUCAUUGAGAUGUUAGAGACCUUGUCUGACGAUGACUUUGUGAAUGUAGUUUCAUUUAACAAUAAUGCGCAGAACGUCAGUUGCUUUAAUCAUCUUGUCCAAGCUAAUGUGAGAAACAAGAAGAAGCUGAAAGAAGCUGUCUAUAAAAUCUCUGCUAAAGGAAUUACAGAUUACAAAAAAGGCUUUAGCUAUGCUUUUGAACAGCUGCUAAAUCACAGUGUCUCUAGAGCUAACUGCAAUAAGAUUAUCAUGUUGUUUACGGAUGGUGGUGAAGAAAGAGCACAAGAAAUUUUCCACAAAUACAAUGAAGACAAAAAAGUACGUGUGUUCACAUUUUCUGUUGGUCAACAUAAUUAUGACAAAGGACCCAUACAGUGGAUGGCUUGUGAAAAUAAAGGUUAUUAUUAUGAAAUUCCAUCUAUUGGAGCCAUAAGAAUAAACACCCAGGAAUAUCUGGAUGUUUUGGGAAGACCAAUGGUUUUAGCUGGAGAGAAAGCCAAACAGGUCCAAUGGACAAAUGUCUAUCUGGAUGCUCUGGAGCUGGGCCUUGUGAUUACAGGAACUCUGCCUGUCUUCAAUCUAACAAAGGAACAAAAUGGGAAAAUAAAUCAGCUGAUUCUUGGAGUAAUGGGGGUUGAUGUCUCUUUGGAGGACAUAAAAAAACUGACACCCCGAUUUACGCUUUGUCCAAAUGGAUACUAUUUUGCAAUUGAUCCUAAUGGGUAUGUGCUACUUCAUCCAAAUCUCCAACCAAAGAAUCCUAAAUCCCAGGAGCCUGUUACUCUGGACUUUCUAGAUGCUGAAUUGGAAAAUGAUAUUAAAGUUGAGAUUCGGAAAAAAAUGAUAGAUGGAGAAAGUGGAGAAAAAACAUUUGAAACGCUGGUCAAGUCCCAAGAUGAGAGAUAUAUUGAUAAAGGAAACAGAACGUAUACAUGGACUGCUGUGAAUGGCACUGAUUACAGUUUGGCACUGGUGUUACCAUCAUACAGCUUUUAUUAUAUUAAAGCCAAAAUAGAAGAAUCAAUAACUCAAGCCAGAUUGGCAUUCAAAAAGGAUACAGAAACACUGAAGCUUGAUCAUUUUGAUGAAGCUGGCUAUACAUUUAUAGCACCAAGAGAAUACUGUAAUGAUGUAAAAAAAUCAGAUAACAACACUGAAUUUCUAUUAAAUUUCAAUGAAUUUCUUGACAGACAUACUCCAAGCAGUUCAUCAUGUAAUACUGAUAUGGUCAUUAGAGUUUUGCUGGAUGCAGGAUUUACAAAUGAACUUGCCCAAAAUUACUGGAGUAAGCUGUCUCUUGAUGGAGUUGUUGCACAAUUUGUUGUUACAGAUGGUGGAAUUACUAGAGUGUUCCCAAAAAGGGCAGGAGAAGAUUGGUUGGAAAAUGCUGAAACUUAUGAAGUCAGCUUCUAUAAAAGGAGUUUAGAUAAUGACAACUAUAUUUUCACAGCUCCGUACUACAACAAAAGUGGUGCCAACAGCUAUGAAACAGGUGUUAUGGUAAGCAAGGCUGUGGAAAUAACAAUUAAUGGGAAGCUUCUGAAACCAGCAGUUGUUGGAAUAAAAAUUGACGUAAACAGCUGGAUGGAAAAUUUCACAAAAACCACAAUCAAGAGCCUGUGCAACAGUGAAAUCUGUGGCUGUGAGAGAAACAGUAUGCAUGUGGACUGUGUUAUCCUUGACGAUGGAGGAUUUCUUUUGAUGUCAAACCGGGAUGAAUAUACACCACAGAUUGGAAGAUUCUUUGGUGAAAUUGAUCCUGGCCUGAUGCGAAACCUGAUUAACAUGUCCCUGUAUGCCUUUAACAAGUCGUACGACUAUCAAUCGGUCUGCGAUCCUGAAGAAGAACCAAAGCAAGGAGCUGGACUUCGUUCUGCUUAUGUGCCUACGAUAACAGAUAUUUUGCAUCUAGGAUGGUGGGCUUCGGCAGCUGCCUGGUCUAUCUUACAGCAGCUGUUUUUGAGCUUGACUUUUCCACGUUUCCUUGAGGCAGCCGAUAUGGAAGAUGAUGAUUUCGGUGCUGCCUUGCCUAAAACAAGCUGUAUCACUGAGCAAACUCAGUAUUUCUUUGAAAAUGAUGAUAAAUCUUUUAGUGGGAUUGUAGACUGUAUAAACUGCUCCAGACUUUAUCAUGCAGAGAAGAUUUCAAACACCAAUCUAGUAUUCAUUAUUAGUGACAGCCAACUGCUGUGCCGCUCCUGUGACCCAAAGCCACUGAUGCAAGCGGAGAAGCCGGAUGAAGGGCCAAAUCCAUGUGAAAUGGUCAAACAACCUAGAUACAGAAAAGGUCCUGAUGUCUGUUUUGACGAAGCCAAACAGGAAGAUUCUGCUGACUGCGGUGGUGCCUCUGGUCUGAGUCCAUCACUGUGGUCUAUGGUAGGAAUUCAGUUGGUCCUGCUUUGGCUGUUAUCUGGCAGCAGACACUGCCAGUUAUGACCUUGCUAAACCAAAACCUGCGUAACUUAAUCAAGACCCGGCCAAAACGAUAGCCUCAGUUUCAUUUUAAAAGGGUCAGCUAUUCAGACAGCAGCAGAACAGCAGUGCUCGUGUCUGGUAAUCACUCGUUGUGAGACUCAUAAAGGCACCCAAGGUGGUUGCAUGUUGGAGUGUCAGAUACUUAAACGUGUGUGAAUGCUGCAUCAUCUAUGCCAUCCAAACAGAAUUCUGUACGUGCUCCAUCGGGGAAUCUAAGAUUUUUUUGUUUGUUUGUUUGUUUGUUUGUUUGUUGUUGUAAUCUUGAUAACUUCAUGUAAAAGGGCUCCCCUGAUAAUAGCUUAUGUAUAUGAUUUCCAUUUCUUUUAAGCUUUGGAUAUCUUGAAGAUUUAUAUUCUUUUACAUGAACAGUUAUUUAAAAAAAAAAACAAAAAGAAAAAAGAAAACAUACUCCCCAAUAUACAUUAUUAGCACCAUGACAGCUGCUUUAAACAUCAGUUUUGUUCAAACUAGUUACUAGUUGACUAAAAUGAAAAUAUUGGUUAGUCUUUGUCAGAAGUUCAGCAUGAUUGAAAUGCUUUAUGAUGAGUGGUUUAUUCUUCCAAAAUGAAUCAUGUAGCCAGUUAAGUUUUGGUAGGUUGAUAAAUUGGAUAAAUUGUUAUUUUAAAGGAAGGAAGGAGGGAAAGAAGGAAGGAAAGAGGGAGGGAAAGAAGUAAAGAAGGAAACUUCUGGUUUUAAAUAUAUAAAGGUGCUUGAGAGUUUAACUAAGAAGUGAUUCUCAUCAUAAACCUGGUGUCAUCUUCUGUCAGAAAAAUGUUAAUUUCAAUGUAAUAUUCACCUCCUUUUCACAAUGCAGUUAUAUAUAAAGCUAGUUGAAUCCUUCAAAGGCUCAAACAAAAACGCUUGUGAAUAAAAAAUGUCUUUGUGAUAUUUGAACGUUGGUUUCCAAGGGUAUUUUGCAUGAUGAUGAUGCUAUGUUACUGUUUUUCAGUUUGUUUUCUUUGAUGGUAGAGUAUAGUCCAUUGAAAAGGUAACUGAGUGAUUAUUUUAUUGUGUGAGAAACUGAACAUUGCAAUGUGUUGCAAUCAAAUCAUAUUAAAUUAUAUUAUGAAACAGAGCUCUGAAUAUACUGUGCAAUGAAAAAGCUGAGAAAAUAGGGUAAAUUUAGCUAUCAUAACAAAAGGGUUGAGUUGAAUUUUUUACACAAUAUCGAUCUCACAUGAAAACCUGUGUACAGAUAUUUUAAGUAUAUAAAAAUCAGAUUUAACACAUUUAUUUUUGAAAGUAUAUGUUCUCUAAAGUUCAUAUAAGGUUCCCCCUUUGUUUCCUUCAUAUAAAACCACCUAUGACAUGAAAACUUCUGCUGUUGCUAUUUAUUAUUGAAAAUAGCAUAUUUAACAGCAAAAUGUCCAGGUUGCUGAGAUCAGAAAAAAUCUAAACAAACGGGGAGCCUUGAAUCUAUAUGUAUGCACAUUGAUACUUGAUUGUGAAUAAUAAUUUUAGAAGUUGUUUUUAUACAACCUCAUUGGUGAUACAGAUUGGUGCAGUAAAUUACAAUAUUACAGUGUAGCAUAGUGUUGAUGCAAAAUAUGAUUUGCGCUUUUUUCUAGUUUUCAGAACUAAACAGUAUUGCAAGACAGCUAAACCAAUGAAUGUGCAGCUCUGCUGGUAUUGUACAGUUCUGCUAACAACUGCAAUAUGCAAAUAUUAACAUGGCACAAUACACUAGCUCUUUAAAAAAAUAAGACAAUGCAAAGCAUUGGUAUGUAUAUGCUGGCGAUUGAUUGAUAUAAUUUUGAUCAUGCCAAAAGCUUAAAGAAAUAAUUGGGCAUGCAUUAAUAUCCUAUGAAAACUGAAGAAGUUAAAGCCAUGGCAUGGCUUAAAAGAUCAGAUGUCUACUGUAGUUGUACCCAUGGCCGGUUUGUUGUUUUUCUCAUGUACCUUGGCUCCAGCAAUGUAUUUUAUCAUGUUUGGGAUACAGUGAGUGCAAAAAAUAGACCCUGAGCUUUUUUUCAGUGAUAUAUCUCUAGUAAAGUGGUGGAGUUAAAAGUACAAUUAACUGUUGGAUGACUUCAGGUCCUCCUCAGGGAAGAUGAACUAAUUUUGACAAUAUGGGCGAAGAUAAUCUUGGAGUUCUUCCUUCCAGUCAUAUUACUGCACUUCUCUUCACCCUAUCACCAGUUACUCCUUGAUUAAAAACUAGUUUGAGUCUUUCUAAUGCUGAGACUGCAUCCUGUGUUUUUCCAUAACAUGUUCUAUUCAAAUUUUAUGGGAGGAACAGGUUUUGUAGGAUUAGGCCAAUACUGACUAUACUCACAGCUUUUACUCUAAGAUUAUUUAAAAUAUAUAACUAGUUUGCAUUUUGCUCUUUUAAUUUAUUGAAAGAUUGCCAGUAUAUUGACUUCUUUAUAAUUUUCACUUAUCUUCCCAAAAGAAACCCUUCAUGGAAAAGUUACAUCAUUUAGCAUUUUCGAACAAUUUGCUUAUACUGGUAAGUUGUGUUUUGGAUUACUUAAUAAACAUUUGAUUAGAGUCUGUAGCCAGAAAGAAAUGUGGCACAAAGCCCUGCUGACACAGAAAACACCAUGGCUUUUGCUCUCAUCCCACUUCCCUUAAGAGUGCUCAAAUACAAAAAGAGGGAGAAGGCCAUGCAGACACAUUGGCCUUCUUAGCUUAUCCAAAGAGUGAAAUGUCCUUUUUAGCUCUGCCCCUCUAUAUGACGUGAAGUAACAUGUUUCUGUAUAAACACAGCCUUCCAGCUAUUAUACUUGUCUGAUAGAAAACUCAGGAUCUGGCCCUCUCAGAAGGGCUUAGGAAAAAA